CAGACAGAGUCUGAUAACACCGCCCUCUAUGUCAACAAAUGUGUUAAAAAUAUGCUUUGUCUCAUACCGCUAGAUGGCAGACUUGUCGUUGCUCUAUGUGAUUCUUUUCAAAGGGAUUAUUGAAAUUAUGUCUCUAGAAUCAAGAGUUACGGAUUUAUCUGUUUUUCCAAAUGGUCGAUAAAGUUUUUGUUGAGUUUUUUUUUAGAUUUGAUUUCAAACUUUUCGAAAUCAACGUCUGUACUUUAUAAGAUAAGAUACGACACUGGUCAUUGCCGAACUGGCGUGUACUGUCACUGGUCACGAUUGACCGCUCGUCUAGCGCUGGACUGGGAUGAUUUGAGUAGGCUAAAAACACACACAGUUACGACCAUCUGUGUCACCACCAGGUUUAUAACAAUAGAGUUGUUGUUCUUCAUAUUUAUAACCUCAAACCAUGGCCUGGACACGUGACAGAACUGACUAAGACAUCAUCACAUGAAGAUGUUAUUUGACUCACCAACUCAAAAAUUCGGUUACCUCGACAUCAAACAAUCAUCAAAAGUCAAAGGGAGAAAACUGAAGACAUGGCGGAGGCGCUGGUUAGUUCUGACCAAGAUGACCAACAUGUCCAACGACGAGUUCGUUGCCAAGCUGGACCUGUACACCAGCGAGUCCAGCUGGAAAAGUCUGGACAAUGAGAAGACCACCUUCAUGCUGGAGAACAUCUCCUGCAUCCAGUCGGCCAAGUCCAAGACGCACCCCAACGCCUUUGAGAUAGUGGAGAAGCAGCCCAUCCUCGUGCUGAGCGGCGCCACCGACCUGGAGUCCUACAGUUGGAUGCUGACCCUCCAGCAGAUGUUAACUCCAGAACAGAUAGAGACUAAGAAAGAUAGCUACAUUGUGAAGGUCUUUGACAAUGAGUACUCCCAGAAAUGGAAUCUAAGCGGGCAGAUGACAAUGAACGUCUCCCCGGCAUGCAUCAGCCUGGUCGACACUCAGUCUUGCAUCAUCAGUUGGGCUCUUAGCACUCUGAUUCGGUUUAACGUGGAGAAGAAUCCAAUCACGGGACUUACAGAUGUGCUGAUGAUCGAGUGUGGACCGCACUCGCCCACUGGUCAGAGCUGUUUUAAGUUUUCGAGUGACGAAGCUCAAGAAAUCCUUAGCGCCAUUCGGCAGUCUAUCUGCCUAGCCCUAGCCCAGAAGCAAAUAGCCAGAAAGUCCAGCAACACGAGACCAAGGACCGUUUCAGUGACGGUCAGCGAAAAGGGAUUCCAGCACCUCCUGGAUACCAUCCCUGUCGUCAUCGACCCGUCACGUGAUCGGUCAGAGUCGGACAGCUCCAAUUCCCUGACGGGGACGUCUCCAACAUUGUCCGUCUCGCCGUCUGCAAUCAAACAAGAAAUUUACUCAUCCAGUAUUGGGCGGCAGUCUAGCAGUAGAGUCAACGCGGAGCAAGGGGUUACUGUUGGGAGAACCAGCUCUGAGCUGGAGGCCUUGGUGGAAAGCGAUGAGCAGCUGACCACGGAUCUGGCAGAUCAGCUGGAAGUACACAAAAACGAAGACAACACAGCUGCCUCUCAGACUCCCAGCAAAGACACGGGAUACAGUGUCAUAAAAGCGGUCCCUUCAUUAGCCCAGGUGAACUCCAGCGUCCUGUUCUCAGCCCAUUCCGAAAAAAAUCUUCAGAUCGCAUCCAAAAACCUGAACUCUGAAAAUUCACAUCAUUUAUCAGAAGACAUUAACUUAACCUCGAGGAAAUCAGACGAGCAAGCUCAUUACGAAUCGACAACGUCAGACCUGAAGCUUAACAGCACUGCAUCUAUCCGGACUAUGACACUUCCUUUGAUGAAAGACGACAAACGAUCCGUCCCUCACUACCAAGAAAUCAAAACCAAAGACUCUUCCACGCCAAAAGAAGACACCCCCAAGAAAAGAUCCAGCAGCACCGGUGAUCUUCAGGUGAACCUGAAACACUCCGAGUCGGACUUUGAGAACGAUUACGAGGAACUGGACGAGCUCCGGGCUUCAGUCCAAAGGCUUAAACUCAGCAAGCAAAGCGACUCUCCUCCAGCAUUGCCUGCUAGGCCAAGCGCCAAGAACUUUGUGCACAACAAACUUAACAGCUCUGCCAGAAUGAACACGAAAAAGAAGCGUCCGUUUUUUAAACGCUCGGAAAAGUCCGUUCGGCAUUCCGACGAAGACGUUUCUCAGAAGUCGGAUAUAAAAAUGUGCAUGUGCAGUGACAUUGGGGCCGAGAGACUUCCCUUUGUAUCUGACAGUGGGUUUUGCGUUGUUUGCCAAGGCAUCGUGGAGUUCCAGAAGCCGAAAAAACGUGUCCCCAGCAAGGAGAACGUUCUAGGCAGCACUCACUCCAGCUUGAACGACUUGUACAGUAGCAUUCCGGAAGUGAGCACCAAUCUGACCAAAAGGCGGAGAUCUUCAGACAUAACACCAGUGUCCUCUUCUUUUUAUGCCGCUUGCGAUAUUUCGCUGACGGACAUUAAAAAACAAACGUCGCAAAACUGUUCGGCUACAGCCGUGACGGAUUCUGGUAGCCAAGAUGACGAUGGCGCAUGUGCGUCAAAAAUUGUACCCAAACCUCUUCAGUACAACGCUUCCGAUCCUUUGAUCAGUUUUUUUGUAGACGAUGAAAACUUCCUGUCUCACCCGAUGGUUUCUGGGAUUAAGGAAUCACCACCCACACCUCCAACUACGCCCACACUGUCUCCGAACUUUGACCUUACUUUCCAGCAGAUGUUGCUUGACUCACCAACGUCACAUUUGCCAAGUUUACCAUUUAUCCAUGGGAGAGAAUCCAUGCCACCAAGCAGCAGUUCUUUCCCAAUCGCCUCCCCACAAACGCAGUUCCCGUUCGUAUUUUUGCCUUUUCCUUUUAGUCCACUGUCACCUACACCCGGAAUGUUGCCAGACGCCAUGUUAUGGAAUCAAAGCACGUUCGGCUCUCGGAGUCCUGAGUAUACUCCUGAAGACACAAGCUACAUCAGUAUGGAGGGCAGAAACUUCCAGAAUCUGGAGGAGAAAGGACUUCGAAAUGAAGAUACCAGUGGGGUGUAUGUUGGUCCCUCCCACAGAUCUAGCGGUGACAUUUUUUAAAUGUUUUUUUGGCGGGUGGGGGGGGGGAGUAGGUGUGUGACAGCAGGCCACUCGCAGAACUGAAGAAAAAGGUUAACCGUGCAUCUGUAUUAUAGGCUUAUCAAUGCCUAGAUAAUGACUUUUUAAAUGUGUGUAUGCAAGGAUAGAAGACUGAAAGUUAUAAGUAUAUAUAUAGGUAUUGUAAAAGAGUUAUUUAAACAUUUCACACACGUAAAUCUAGAUAUAUCUGUGUUAAACAUUGUCAUCUAGUUUAUGUUUUUUUUUGGUCUAUCCGGUUACCCAUGUCAUGUUCGUAAUCUUCUGAAUCCUGAAUGAUUGUUUGCUGAUGUUUUCUUGUGGCUUCAAUAUAAAAAUCGAAAUUAAAUUUGUGUUUGAUGCUGGCUGGCCAGUCUCAGUCCCAUUUCAAUUUUCUUGUUGAUCAUAUGCAGACAUAUUCUUCAUUGAGGUGCAGCGGUUCUCAGACUGUGGGGUUUAGUGCUCUGGACGACAGAAAAAGGAAUUUCUGAAGCUCGGAAUGUACACAAAAAAAAACCGCUUGACCUCAUUCCGUCUUAAGGGCAUCUUGCAAAGUUUUCCCAGACCCCUUAUAAUUGUCGAUGGAGUGGUUCUUAAGUUUGUUGGGGGGUUUUUUGUCUAGGGGAGAGCGUCACAUGAAAAGGUUUGAGAAACACUGGGGUAGUUUUAUUAAACCGUUAAUUAUAGAAGAUAAUUAUGUUGGUAAUUCAACUGUUUUACAAUGCAGACAUUUUGUAAGCUUUAUAAAUAUUUGAAAAGCAUACUCAUUUUUUUAAUUCACUAGUAUUAAAGUUAUAUAGGCCAGAAUAAUUGAUGCAUUAUAUAACUGCUAUAAAAAAAAAUUUAUUCU